AUGCCAUCAAAGAUAUUCUCAGAAGGCAUCACAUCGCCCGUCGCCCAUUCGCCAUCAAACUCAAGCACCACGGACCCCGAGCAAGAUGACCACCCCACCCACGCAGCAGACCUCAAAUCGGCCCACCGCAAGGUCGACCGCCGGCUGGUCCUGUGGUACUCCUUCGUGUACCUGAUCAUGCGGAUCCACGUGUCCAACAUCAGCAACACGGCCAUCAUCAACCUGGAGGAGGGCGACGACAUCAAGGCGCAGCUGGGGAACCUGACGUCGCAACAGUGGGCGUGGGUGCUCAGCAUCUUCUACUACCCGUACAUGCUGCUGGAGCCGUUUGCGACGCUGGCGCUCAAGCGCUUCACGCCGCGGCUGUGGAUGUCCCGUAUAAUGGUCACCUGGGGCAUCGUCAGUAUGUGUCAGGGUGCGACGGUCAACUAUGCGGGGAUCAUGGCGUGUCGGUUCUUCCUUGGGGCUGCUGAGGCUGGGUUCUAUCCUGGUGUAUUCGGGCUGCUAGCCUAUGCGAUUUCUUUCAUGAACGGUGCUGGUGGACUUGCUGGCUGGAGAUGGGUCUUCAUCUUGGAAGGACUGCCAGCGAUAUUCUGCGGCUUUUACACAUUCUUCUUCCUGCCAGAUUACCCGGAGACAGCUGCUUUCCUGUCAGAGCCAGAGAAGGAGGCUAUCGUUGCGGACCUGCCCUCCCGAGCACCGUCCAUGGAAUCCAAGACAUUUGACCUCGACCAGAUCAAGGCAAUGUUCAAGAGCCCGACGUUUGUCCCGUUUCUGAUAAUCUGGAUUGCACACGGGAUAGGAGGCUUCGGAAUUACCUUUGUACUGCCCACGGUGAUCUACGAGCUAGGCAUCUCAGACACAGCGAUAUCACAGCUUAUGACCAUGCCAGCAUAUGCCGCCGUCUUCCUCAUACUGCUCACCCUGGGGUACCUCACCCACACGAAGCGUCUCAGCCCAUGGGUGGCCGGGAUCGGGCUCGAGGUCGCCCAGAUCAUCUUCUACAUCCUUCUCAUCACAAUCAACAACGCAACUGCAAAGUAUAUCUUUGUGGUGAUAGCCACGGCCGCCACCCAGAGUUUCUUUCCGAUCAUCUGGCCAGAACGCAUCAGAGCGACGAGUGGGACGACGAGUGCAGGGUUGGCCAUUGGUAUUACCAAUGGUGUAACACAGCUGAUGGGCAUCGUGCUGACUGCAUAUCGUGCUAGGGACCACAAGUCUAUCAACCCAAGUUCGGACCGUCCUAUAGGGCAGGACAAGAGACCGGAAGCGGCGGCCCUCAUUGAGGGUGAGGGCGUGGGUCUUGCGGGCGAGAAGAGCUAA